AUGCAGAACUGCAUGCGUAAUAAGGCCCAUAUAAUCAACAUUAUGCAAAUUGAUAAUUAUUACCAGUGCUCCUCCUGCAACAGACCCAAGAUCAUUCUACACUCCACUGAUGAAAAUGGUUAUAAAAAGUUUACUCAUGCAGUAAGUGAUUCAGAUUGUAUUGGUAAAUUAGUAGCAGGAAGUAGUACACAGGAAGGAAUAGAUUCUACCAAGGAUGUUAGAGCUGUCACAGUAUUUCAUUAUCCUCCUGAAAACCCAAACCCUACCUUAAUUUAUAUUCCUUCCGGAGGCAAAAAGUGGUAUCAGAAGAAACCUAAUGAGAAGAAUAAAUGGGAAGUAGUUUCUGAAGGUACCCCUGAAGAUGAUGGUCGCAAAGAUGAAAUAUUAGCCCUCCUCCAAAAGAUAAGGCCUAAUGCAGUACAUAAUGAAACUACUUCACAUGCCCAUGAAGAAGGCCCGGGAAAUACAGGAUCAGAGACAGACACAGUUAAAACUCAAUCCUCCACUCCUACCACCUCUAUUUCUCAAAAUACUUCGUCUUCUACUGUUAGCAUAAUAGUUGGGGCAGUACUGGGAGUCAUUCUCGCAGCUAUUGUCAUUCGUGAGGGUAUCAUGCUACGCAGGAACCCAGAAAAAAGCGUCACAACGAGACUAAUGAAUAGAUUCCACAGGCUAAAAUAA